AUGACUUCAUCCGCCAAGACGAAACAGCCAUCAACACCAAAGAAGUGUGAUAUCUGCCAGAAACAUGCUGGAAUCAUGCUAUGUCCAGGAUGUGAGAAGAUAUUCUGUCGAAAAGACUUCAACGAACACCGACAACAACUCUCAACACAACUCGACAUCGUCAUCAACGAUGCUGACCUUCUCAAAGAAAACAUUGAACAGACAUGUGAUACCACCACUUUAAAGGCGUUCGAUGAGAUUGAGAAGUGGGAGCUGGAAUGGAUGAAGAAGGUGAAGAUGGCUGCUGAUCAUGCACGAGAAGCAGUGCGAGACAUUGUUGCUGAGCCGAAGAAGCAACUGGAACGAAUCACAGAUGAGAUUCGACCAAGAAUGGCAGAAGAGGACUUUGUGGAGUAUGAUCUUGAUCAAUGGAUGGAUGAAAUAAAGCAGCUGACUGUGGAUAUGCAGGCCAUGUCGUCGGCGAUUGUCAUCGAAAGUGGUGAUGAGUGUGAGUGGAAGAGAAUGAUCAAAGUGAGAAAGAUGGAGCAUCAGAGUCAUAAGUCACUGCAGAGAAGUGAGAAGAGAGACAGUGAAAUGAAACAAUUUGACUUCAACAAACUCAAAGACAAACCAGAAAGACAGGUCAAAGUGAAUGGAGAUUGUGGAUCGAUGGGAGUAUCUGAUAUAAACUUGCUCUACUGUGAGAAAGACAUACUAUGUUUGACUGAUCGAACUGGUCACAAGACAAACACACUUUGGUGGAACGGAGGGAUUGUCAGGGGCAUCUGUUGGUCAACGUUCCUUGACAGAUUUCUGAUAUUGACUAGGAGCACUCUUCAUUCAUUGAACGUCCAGACCAGUGAAGUGGCACAAAUCAAACAAGUAUCAGACAAGAAUAAAGCAAACUUUUGCAGAUGCACAUGUUCAAAUCAAACAUUGUUGGUGAGUUUUAAUCAUACAGGAUCAGUUGUUGAAGAGUGGGAUAUGAGUGGAGAAUGGAAAAUAAUGAGACGAUGGCAACCACCUGUGUCCUGUCAACAGAAUGAGCUGAUUUGGGAUAUUCGAUUUUCAUGUGAUGGCGCUCAUUUAGGAGUAAAUGUGGGUGUAGAUGGUCAAUCCAAUCAGUUUCAAGUACGAGAUCGAUCAAUGAACAUCGUCAACGACAUCACAUUUCCUUGGCUGAAACAUGGAUGUUUUCUUCUCUCUCUUCCAAAUGGACAAUGGCUGACACAUGAGUGGAAAAAUAAAGAACUUCAUAUCAUUGACAGAGAUGGUAAAUUAGAACAAACUCUCACAUAUGAUAAGAGUGUGAAGGGAGCUGCAUUAUUAGGACAGAAAUGUCUUGUUAUUCGAACAGAUGACGGUGAACACUGUUUUCAUAAUUUAUGA